CCCCGGCAGCAUCUGUNCUCGUAUGUCGAGNAGCACUGGAUGAUGAGUCUCACCCGUUCCCUGCAGCACAUUGACCCCCACACUGCCGAGUACAUCGACCGUCUGGGUGAUGAGAAGCAGCUGUACGCCAACCUUGUGCGCACCCAGGUCUACGUCGAGGGUCUUACUCAGUCCGAGAAGACCGAUCCCCGUCAGGACAGCCUUAACCGCGUGGUCAUGAGGAGACUGGAGCACAUCUACUUCAAGCCCUCUCAGGUCGUCACGAUCCUGGAGGAAGGUACCUGGAAGGUCCUUCCCUCCGAAUUGGAAUCCAACGUCACUCCCCGUGGCAACACGGGAGAUGUGACCAACCUUGUGCAGACCCUUUGCAGCUACCUGUUCAAGCACAGCGACGGUAUCAUCCGUGCUCGUGCGAUGCUGUGCCAGAUCUACUUCCUUGCUCUGCACGACCAGUACUACCGCUCUCGUGACCUGAUGCUCAUGUCCCACCUUACCGAGAACAUCGCCAACUUCGACGUUUCCACCCAGAUCCUCUUCAACCGCACCCUUGUUCAGAUCGGUCUGUGUGCCUUCCGGGCCGGCCUGAUCUACGAGGCUCAGACCACCCUCUCUGAGGUCUGCGGCAGUGGACGUCAGAAAGAGCUGUUGGCUCAGGGCAUCAUCCUCCAGCGCUACUCCACCGUCUCGCCGGAACAGGAGCGUCUGGAGCGUCAGCGUCAGCUGCCCUUCCACAUGCACAUCAACCUGGAGCUUCUCGAGUGCAUCUACCUGACGUCGAGCAUGUUCCUGGAGGUCCCUCUGAUGGCUCAGACUUCUUCCUCCCCCGAGAUGAAGCGUCGUGUCAUCUCCAAGACCUUCCGUCGUAUGCUGGACUACAACGAGCGCCAGGUCUUCACUGGUCCUGCUGAGAACACCCGUGACGGUGUCAUCAUGAGUGCCAAGUUCCUCGCCGCCGGAGACUGGAAGAAGGCCGCUGAGAUGCUCAACUCGAUCAAGAUCUGGGAUCUGAUGCCCCAGCCCGACAAGGUCAAGGAGAUGCUGUCCCAGCAGAUCCAGGAGGAGGGUCUCCGCACCUACCUCUUCACCUACGCCCCCUUCUACGACAGCCUCUCCAUCUCCACCCUGGCUACCAUGUUCGAGCUCCCCGAGAAGAAGAUCGCCGCUAUCAUCAGCCGUAUGAUCUCUCACGAGGAAUUGGCCGCUGCUCUCGACCAGGUCAACGAUGCCAUUGUCUUCCGCAAGGGUGUCGAGUUGUCGCGUCUCCAGUCCCAGAUCGUCACCCUCGCCGACAAGUCGAUGAACCUUCUGGAGUCCAACGAAAAGACUCUCGAGCAGCGUACGCAAGGCAUGGCCAACGCCUUCCAGCGCGAUCAGGGCGCCGGCGCCCGUGGUGGCCGUGGUCCUCGAGGUGGUGGCCAAGCCCGUGGUGGUCCCAGAUUCCCUGGUGGCCAACAAGGUCGUCGGCCUGGUGGACAGCAGUUUAGCGGUGGUGCAUUGGGCGGGGCGAUCAAGGCAUAA